AUGUGGGGAGUAGAAGGUCAACUGGAUCUGCACCUCGUGUACGGCACAGUGUUCUGUAUUCGGCCCGAAGGGGACCUCGAGGCAGGCAAGGACGACCGUAAGGUGGAGGAGCGUACUACCAAGCUGAGCAGCAGUGAGCCUGGGCAUACAAAUACGGAUCUGUCGCACUUUGAGGCCCUGACACUGAAUAUCAUACCUCCUACAGCUGAAUCAGCUGAUAGGCUUGUGGAGCAUCCUACCGAGGUGAGAAGCAGUGAGGGUGGUGGUACAAGUGUGGACCUAUCAAAAGUUGAGGGCCUUUCGCUGAAUGUUUCUUCAGCUGAAUCAACCGAUGGGGCUGUGGCGCAUGCUGGCGACCUGGACAGCAGUGCACCUGAUUCUACAAAUGCAAAGCAACCAGCUGUUCGGGAAGGAUUAUCCCCGAGGUCACAAGAAAGGUGGCUGAGAAUAGAUAAGUAUCUUGCUGAACAUACAUUUGAUGACAUGUGGGAGGGCAUGGUUGCUAUGAAAAAUGGCUUCUGCAACCCACCCAAAAAGGUUCCGUUCCCCAUCAAGAGGUCAUCGAAAAAGCUUGCGUCGCCUGAUUCACUACAGUCUCCGCAUGGACUGGAGGCUCAAUCCUUUCAGACAACAACAAAGUGUGGAGAGUCUACAAAGCAAAUAAUUGAAAAUGGGAAACAAUGGAUGAAGAAGGAAGUCAUGGAGGCUUUUAAGAAGUACAUGAAAGAAACGGGCAGAUUCAGAGGCAUGGAGUUCGAACUUGAUAAGCUUCUACAUCAGUGUUUGAGUGUGGAGACAUAUGAGAAGAUCUUCCACCACUAUAAUUUCACGGUGAAGACGAAGCAAGCUGGUUCAGACAAGUGGUCAUCAACUCUAUAUUUUGCACAAGUGAAGGAAAUGUAUGGACAGAAACAUUAUUUCUGCUAUCCGCUGGAUCCAUUCGAAGACGGCUUCUGCCACGCAUGCAAGAAUCAGGGGAUGGAUGCACUGAAGCACCCUGCUGUUCCUAUCGGUUACGAGACUGGCCAGGCUGGUUACGAGACUGGCCAGGCUGGUACGGGAUGUCCUUUCUUUGAAGAUGAUUCUGAUGAUGGUGAUCGUGUACCAGACGAUGAUGGGAUGGCGUGGGCCUUUAGUCAGGCCUUCUUGGGGGGAGUACCCUAUUGAGUACAUUUUCUCUAGUAGUGAGUGAUCUUCACACUGGGUUUCAAACCGAGAUGCAAUGAUACUAGCAUAUGUAACGAGCUUCAGUUGUGUAAACGCUUCCAGUUGCCUGCCACUCGCUGUGCAUUGAGUAAUGCAGGGUUACUCAGACCUUUUUUUUUAUAUAACUACUCUGAACAUUUGAAGUUGAACUU